AUGCUACUCUUUCUCCUACCCAAUGCUGCAUGCAAAGUACAGAGUGUGAAAUGCUUUGGAAAUCAGCCCUUCCAUGUACCGCAUAAAUGGUUUCAGCCUGGAGACCUCACCAUUGGUGGCAUAGUUUCUCAGAUCAUUUAUAUAUUCUCCAUGGUUUCCUUUGAUGUGCACCCUUCUCAGAAGUUGGGCUUUGAACUUCCAAUAGCAGUAACCAAGUUCUACCAGCACAUCCUGGCCUUGGCAUUUGCUGUGAAGGAGAUCAAUGAAGAUCCUCAGAUCUUAUCUAACAUCACUCUUGGAUUCCAUAUCUGCGAUAGCUACUACGAUGCAAGGAUGACCUAUCGGACCAUCCUAGACCUGCUUUUCAGUUCUUAUAUUUUUGCCCCUAACUACCAAUGUGGUACCAAAAAGUAUGUAAUCACAGUCAUUGGUGGACUAGGUUCUGAUACCUCUUUCCAUAUGUCAGAUAUUUUGGGUCUCUACAAAAUUCCACAGCUUCAUGUAUUUCUUCAAGGGCUUUCAUUUAACAACUCACUGGGUGAAACACUGGUCUUUAGUGAUACCAAGGAGAUUGUAGCAGGAUUUGAUAUAAUGAAUAUUAUCACAUUCCCCAAUAAUUCAUUCCAGAGAGUGAAAGUUGGAAGAGUGGGUUCCAAGGCUUCUGGAGGAGAAGAAUUCUUCAUUAAUGACAGUGUAAUAGAAUGGCACUGGAUUUUUAACCAGACGGUCCCCCUUUCUCAGUGUAGUCUCCCUUGCUACCCUGGUUAUCAGAAGAGAAAAAAGGAAGGAGAAAAGUUUUGUUGCUAUGAUUGUGUUCCCUGUCCAGAAGGGAAGAUGUCCAACCAAACAAGCAUCAUCAACUGCUUCACCUGUCCAACAGAUCAGUAUCCAAAUGAGAAAAAAGAUCAGUGUAUUCUCAAAACAAUUAGCUUCUUGUCUUACGAAGAACCAUUAGGAAUCAGUUUAGCAUCGCUCGCAAUAACUUUUUCCUUUGCUACAACCCUGGUGUUAGGAACUUUUAUUAAGUACAGAGAUACCCCAAUAAUCAUGGCCAACAACCAGGACCUUACCUAUGCUCUUCUGAUGGCCCUCCUGCUCUGCUUCCUGUCUUCCUUGCUCUUUAUUGGCCAGCCUAGGAAGUUGAUGUGCAUUUUCCAGAAAAUUAUUUUCGGCAUUAUCUUUUCUAUAGCAGUCUCAUCUGUGUUGGCCAAAACCAUCACUGUGUUUGUCGCUUUCAUGGCCAUCAAACCAGGAUCAUCUCUGAGGAAGUGGAUGGGGAAAAGAUUGACCACUUCCAUUGUUCUUUCUUGCUCCUUCAUUCAAGCAAGCAUUUGUGCCAUAUGGCUGUCAAUUUCUCCCCCUUUCCCAGAUUUGGAUAUGCUGUCAGAAACUAGAGAGAUCAUAGCAAAAUGCAAUGUGGGCUCUACCAUUAUGUUUUACCUUGUCUUGGGCUAUAUGGGACUGCUGUCCAUCAUCAGCUUUGUGGUGGCUUUCCUAGCUAGAAAAUUGCCAGACACUUACAAUGAAGCCAGAUUCAUCACCUUCAGCAUGCUGAUUUUUUGCAGUGUUUGGCUGUCUUUCAUUCCAACCUACCUGAGCACUAAAGGGAAACACAUGGUUGCUGUGGAGAUCUUCUCCAUCUUAACCUCCACUGCUGGUUUAUUAGGCUGUAUCUUUAUCCCAAAAUGUUACAUUGUCAUAUUUAGACCAGAACUGAAUAACAGGGAGCAGCUGAGAAGAAAGAACUAA